GCUACUAGGAGCCUCCUGUACGGCAGGACCUGCGCCUCCGGGACCGGGAGGAGGGGAUAUAGCGGCUGGAGAGGCGCAGCUGGACGGACGGAUUUACGCAGCGCGCCCCUAUGUAGUCUGAUUCAGUUUAACGGAGGUGGGGGUGAAAAAAGGAUUUAUUCUGAGGCUGCUAAAGUCCGUUAUCGUAAAGAGUUGGAAACGGAAAAGGGGGUUUUGCAGGAAGGAAGCCGGAGAGGCGAGUGCUUCUCUACCUGGCAUCGCCUCAGGUUAAACUCUCGAGUUAAUUGCAGCAUUCUUUUAUUCAUAAAAUAGUGAUCGCGUUUUUUCUUUCUAUGUAAUUAUAAACUCAUCGGCAUUACUACAAACUCUACUUUUUCCCUGCAAAACAAUUCCAGCUGUCCAAUGAAUGGAGUUGCUUUUUGCCUUGUUGGAAUUCCACCCUACAGAGAAACAGAAGCAAAGGGGCGGAGAGAUGGCCUCUCACCGUCCAAUGAGAACGUGCGGCCGGGCGAGGGCGUGGCCUGGCAGGGCCCGCGCACUGUGGUGCUCCGCAAGAACGCGCAGGGAUUCGGCUUCACGCUGCGCCACUUCAUCGUGUACCCGCCAGAGUCCGCCCUACGCACAGGGCCCAAGGAUGAAGAGAAUGGUAAUGAAAAAGCAUACCAGUGCAGCAACCUAGAACCGAUGGACACCAUCUUUGUCAAGAAUGUGCGAGAAAACGGCCCCGCUGACCAAGCUGGCUUGUGCACAGGGGACCGAUUAGUGAAGGUGAACGGGGAGAGUGUGCUGGGGAAGACCUACUCGCAGGUGAUCGCCCUCAUCCAGAACUGCGAGAGUGUCCUGGAGUUGUCCAUUAUGCCCAGAGAUGAAGAUGUACUGCAGCUGGCAUAUUCCCAGGAUGCCUACCUGAGUGGCAAUGAACCCUACACAGGUGAAGCUCAGGACCUUCCAGAACCUCCUCCCGUCUGCUACCCCCGCAGCAGGGCCCAGUCGCACAUGGGCCACAACCAGACAGACAAACGGGGCUGCUGGCUGGCCCCGGCCCGGGUGUCCUCCCCCCCGGACAACCGCUCAGGGAGGGUCAGCCCAGUCGGCUGGCUCGAGGGCCCAGCCUUGGAGCUACGGGGGCCGAAUAAAGGCAGCCCCACCCACCACACAGAGGAUGUCCAAUAUGGCAUAAGCUCCCAGCAGGCCGUGGGGCAGCCGCGGGGCCACGUGUCCCCUCCCUCUUCCUCGGGACCGGCGCACGCUAGUCCCCUACAUGGCUACUACGGAAACCACAACAUUGGCGCAACAGCCCAGACCCGUGUAGGCGCCCAGCCUUGGCCCAGCCCCCAAAAGGCGGCUCUGAGUAGGAGCGAGGCCCGACAACAGGCGUUGACGGACUGGUACUACAGCCAGGCGCCUGAGCGCAGGGGCCCCUCGAUGCCGCCCCGGUACCGGAGCAUUUCUCAGGACCGUCUGGGCGAGGUGGGCGUUGGAGUGGCGCCGGGUCGUCAACGCAUGGGCUGGCCCCACAGUGCCUCCCAGGACACCCUGCUGCUGCAGCCGGACUCGAGCCAGUACGGCGAUUCCAGCUGGGCUGAGGACUGGGGCAGUACCAGCAAGCAUCGGUCGGGCCGCGCCCGCUCUGAGAACCUUCUCGCCUCCAAAUACCAGCGACACGGCCGCUCAAUGGAGAUGCUGGACCGGGCAGCAAUUGUGGUGUCACCACGUCCGGAUCGGCCUGCCUGGCCACCGCACCAGGCACCAACACCUGCACCCAGGACUGAGGUUCACCAAAAGCGGGGGCCGCGUUACGGAGCCGUGCCCGCGCCCUCUGCAAGUGGAUGUGGGCAGUCGCACCAACAGGAGCAGCCCCCGGCAUCCCAGCCUAGACGGCUGCCCCUGCAGAGCGCGGAUGACCAGCCGGUGGGUUACCGCAGCUACAGCCCGUCCUUCUACCGCAAAGCCGGCCGCCUCAUGCAGGCCCAUUCCUUCAGGGAUCCCUCCUACUCAGGACCCCACUUCAACUGGAACCCCACCCCCAAAACCAGCCCCCAGGAGACCGUCGCCGCCCCCCCUGCCGCUCCGGAACCCCGCGAUGGAACGCAUCGCCCUACCAACCACGAGAGGCCCUGGGAGGAGGAGCAGCCGCACUCUCAGGUCCAGGAGGUGGUGCUGCGGCAGAAGCCCCCUAUAGGCCGCCGGGGGGCCCCCGGCCAGCGGCAGCCGCAUUACGGCCUGCCUGCUGAGACCGCCGAGGCCCUGGGCCUCCAGGGCGAAGGGCCUAACACUGCUACCCCCAGGUCUGUGGACGCCCCCCGCAGAAAAAACGGGGGCCUGGCGCCACUGACCCUACAAGAUGACUCCCUGGCUUCCAUUCCAUUCAUAGAUGAGCCGACGAGCCCCAGUGCAGACCUGCGUGCCCGCCACGUGCCCGCCUCCUCUGUGGUGUCCAGCGUCAUGAGCUCCGCCCCCACCGUCACCACCAGCCCCACCUCCCCCACUUUCGCCUUUCCCCUCACCAGGCUCUUCUCACACGACUGCAGCAGCGUGAAGUCGAACCGCCGCACCUCCUACCUGCAGGCCAUCACCACAGAGCGCUCCAAGUCAUGCGAGGGCCUCAACACCUUCGGGAACGAGGGCCACAUGUUCUCGAUAUUGCCAAAGAGAGUCAAGAGCUUCUUCACGGACGGGUCCCUUGACAGUCUGGCCCCGACGGAGAUCCGCUCCAAGCGCCACUCAACCUCCGAGCUGGGAAGCAUCACCUUCAGCGAUGUCCGCAAGGAGGGCUGGCUGCACUACAAGCAGAUCCUCACUGAGAAGGGCAAGAAGGUGGGCGGCGGGAUGCGGCCCUGGAAGAGAGUCUUCUGCGUUCUGCGCUCCCACUCGCUCUUCCUGUACAAGGACAAGCGGGAGGCGGUGCUGCACGGCGCCGCCCUAGGGGGCGCCACUGGGUCGGGCCACGGUGACGAAGAGCAGCCCAUCAGCAUCCGCGGCUGCCUGGCGGACAUCGCGUACAGCGAGACCAAACGGAAGCACGUGCUGCGCCUCGGCACGCAGGACUUCUGCGAGUACCUGCUGCAGGCCGAGGACCGCGACGGCAUGCUCAGCUGGAUCAAGGUCAUCCGUGAGGGCAGCAAGACCGACAGCGAGGAACUGGGUUCCUGUCGUCAAGCUCUGAUAAACAAGAAGCUGAACGAGUACAGGAAGCACAGUCCGACGGGAAACAAGCCGGACUCAUCUCCCAGAGUGCCCAGGAUAAUACCACCCUUCCUCAUGGCCAAGAUGGACAACGUGACGGGGGCUCCACGCUCCCCCAAGCCUGACAGCAAGGAGGAGAGCAGCCCGCCCAAGUCACCUUGGGGCAUCAACAUCAUGAAGAAGUCCAAGAAGUCUGGGCCUAAGGCCUUUGGGGUGCGACUAGAGGAAUGCCAGCCGGCCAUCAACCACAAGUUCGUCCCCCUGGUGGUGGAGAUUUGCUGUGGGCUGGUGGAGCAGAUGGGCCUGGAGUACACUGGCGUUUACAGGGUACCGGGCAACAAUGCCAUGGUGUCCACACUGCAGGAGCAGCUGAACAAAGGCAUGGACAUCAACCCGACCGAGGAGCGAUGGCAGGACCUCAACGUGAUCAGUAGCCUGCUGAAGUCCUUCUUCCGCAAGCUGCCGGAGCCUGUCUUCACGAACGAUAAGUACAACGACUUCAUCGACGCCAACCGGAUGGAGAACGCGAGCGAGAGGCUCAAGACCAUGAGGAAACUGAUCCACGACCUGCCAGAUUAUUACUUCCACACCCUGAAAUUCCUGAUGGGCCACUUGAAGACUGUGGCGGAUCAUUCUGAGAAGAACAAGAUGGAACCCCGUAACCUGGCGCUGGUGUUUGGCCCCACCCUGGUGCGAACCUCCGAGGAUAACAUGACCGACAUGGUGACCCACAUGCCCGACCGCUACAAGAUAGUGGAGACUUUGAUCCAGCACUUUGAGUGGUUCUUCAGCGAGGACCUGGACAAGGAUGAAAAGACACCAGUAGACAAGGAGGACCAACAGCCAGUCCCAAACAUCGACCACCUGUUGUCCAACAUUGGGAGGACGGGGCCGCUUCCGGAGGCCUCAGAUUCAACCAACAAUGAAUCGGCGAAAUCCAAGGGUUCGUGGGGGUCAAAGCGAGACCUGAAUGCCAAGGACCUGCUCUCCAUCGUGUCCGUCGUCACGCGCGCACGUAAGCGCAAGAAGCCCCUCGGCAGAUGCCCCAUUAGUAACAGCACGGACGAGGACUCGGAAUACGAACCCGGCAAGGCGAGCCACUGUGGUGGGACAGAGGGGGACAGGGCCGAGGACACGGCCCCCAGGGCAGAGGGGGAGGAGGAUGAAGAGGACGAGGAGGAGGAAGAGGAAGGAAGAGAGGCCACAGAGGAGGAGGAGGAGCCCCCAUGCCAGCUGGAGGAGGAGGCGGGGCAAGAGGGCGGGGCCCUGGAGCAGGAGGCGGAGGGAGAGCCAUGCAAGGUGCCGGCGUGGCAGAGCCCGGAUGAUGCACGCUCCAUUGUGUCGGGCUAUUCCACCCUGUCCACAUUGGGCCGUGGCCCCGCCUCUGAAUGGCGGGGAGAAGAGGCGGACGACGAGCGCAGCGAGCUCGUCAGCGAGACGGACAACGAGAGCGGCUUUGCCUCGCGCUCCCUCACGCAGGAGAGGCCAGAGAAGCCGCCGCUGCCCCCACGUAGCUUCCUAUACACCCAGUACAAAUCCUCCACCGUGCUCAGCCCCGCCCCCACUCCUGACCCCACCCCCGCUGAGGCACCCUCCAACCCCAGCGAAAGGAGCGACAGUAGGGCUGAGUCGUCGGCCACUCCUUCUUCCUCCUCGUCUUCCUCUGCCACACACAAGCUUAACCCCCGGCAGUCCUUCAACUCCCACAAGCUCAUCCAGUGCGACACCCUGGCACGCAAAAAGACGAAGGCAGAAAGAGCCAAGGGACGGUCCCUCAGCUCCGAGCAGGUGCUGGAGCCAGCCAAUGAGGAAGAUCGGACGGACGAUGGGCAGGCUUCAGUGGCACCGGCCAGCCAAGCAGAGGCAAGCAGACGAGGGGGUGCCGGGCAGAGCCACACCCCACCCCCGGCGCACAGUGCCAAUCUGACAUUCUUCUCGCCAGCUGCCACAGGGUGGGGUUUGCUGGCCGAACAGGUGCGGACACGCAUCCUGGGGUCCGCCGAUGACCUACGGGGUGUCGGCCUGCGGAAGCCAGUGUCGCCCGAGACACGGCGGCGGAGGCGGGCCUGGCGCCGGCACACCGUGGUGGUUGGUCCUGGCACGCAUAGUACCGACCCUAUACCUGUGCAGGACCCACCCACGGCGGACGCACCCAAGCCCGCCUCCGAGCCGCCGGGUCACGCUGCGCCUCCCCCAGCGUCGGAACCCGCGAGACAGUCCGAGCACAUUGCUGCCAUGGCACGACAGACGUCCCGCUUUCACCAGUGUCUGUAGCGGCCGUCAUCUGUCUGCAUGAUGGGAGGGGAACUUAGGGCAACCCCUCACUGGGCCACCAAGAAUGGCUGCCUGCAGUAACAGCUGGCAAAUCAUCAAUUUUGGGGGGGGGGGGGGGUUACAGUGACAGGCUUGGCUUUGACGAAUACAUCCCAGAGGGUCAUCUCAUCUGCUUCCACAGUCAGGCCUCAUCUGCAAGGCAGCAGAGCCGUACAGCGUUGCCAAAGAUUUUUCCGACUGUACAAAACUGUGACUGUUUAUCGAGACAGCUGGGGUUGAGAGGGUGAGAGGGUGGGGUGGGGGGUGGGGGGGGCACGUUUAACCUGAGGUGCACAGAAACAGCAACUGCGAGCCCUGCUGAGUAAGUCAUUCUAGGGUUGCCUGGCGACAGCCAGCUGUGUCACAGGAGUCGCCACGGCGACUCGUCUACAUGGAUACGCACUCACGGGAAGGACAGGCUGACAGACAUAGGAACAGAUACACACACAAGCACCACACCGCUGCUGUGGCACACCAAGGGCACGGCAGCUCAGGGCGUGCUUCCUUACCCUUAUUAAUAAACGUCAGAGAUUCCCCCCUCACCUCCACAAACCACCAGCCUACUGACCCCCCAACCCCCCAUGACCUCAGCUGUAAGUCUCACCCCCCUAACACGUCCAUCUGGAAAUGCGCAAAUGAACCAGUAUGACUGCGCCAAAAAAAAACUGUAUGGGUAGGAGUGUGUGUGCGCGCAUGUGUGUGUGUGUACAUUAACGCGUGUGGAACUGUUUUGUAACAUUUGUACAGAGCCUUGCUAAGUUAACCUUGUGUAUAUAUUAUAUAUAAUACAUUAUAUUAUUUUUUUCCAUUGUUUACAACAGUGCAUUCAGGUGCACAAUCACUUCCUUUAAGAUGUUACUUGAAAUAUUUCCCUUAAUUAUCUUUUUCUUUUGUUUUAUAUGCAGUAUAUUAUAUAUUUUUUGUAUGGGGGAAAAAAGUACUUUUAUUGUGAUUUGAAUCAUCUGGGUGUUCCUGUGUAAUACUAAAAAAAAAAAAAAAAAAACGACUAAACUCAACAAAAAGACUUCUGUCUUUCUCUGUUGCUGAGUAACAAAAAGAAAUUCCUAAAUCGGAUUGAAGGGAAAUAGCUAACCUAAGGUCAUAUACCUUAAAUAAAAUAAAAUGACCGGCAUUCCACUUGUUGUUACGACUGGCGGGGUCUGCUGAAGUUAGAUGCUUCUGAUACAGUGAAUCGUGUCCAGUGCGACUGGACAGUGUCUCGCCGGGACUCUCUUGGUCCCAAGUCCAGCACUUCAAAAUUUCAUGUUUUUUUGGAAAACCAACAGACAGCUACUUUCACAUCGCUAAAGCUUUACUGGUAUUAAACCCAUUUUCUGAAGAAGGAAAAAAACGUAUAAUUUUACCUCUUUACCCUAUUUUCUGUGGAAGGUUUUCAAAACAGUGACCAAGAUUCAUUUAAAUUCACCUUCCCCAAAAUUAAUAAAGUUCCGCCCAUUAGACUAUUUUGUUAACUGGUUCCAUAUAAUUUCUCAUAUGGAAACAAAAGCCAAUUCAGGUAGCCUAUAAGAGGUCAACUGAAACAAAUUAUAUCCUGGUUACGCAUCAUGUCACUAUAAAGGGCCUGGUUAUUAAAUAUUAACGCACGAUAUGAAAAAGACCAAAACAAUUUAGCCUAUGCAAAAUCGCGGCACUUUUUCAAUGAGGCGCCAUUUGCAGCAGCGGCGCCUCCUUGGUCGUGUAUAUAACUCCACCGAUCCGUUACCAUUCACCGAGAAAGAACAAUUGGCGGGAGAAUCGUUUUAGGUUUUGUUGUGAAUGCCAUCACCUCCAUAACUCUACAGCAGCAGAGAUCGCCAGUUUUAUUUUUCAUAGUUUUUUUAAUGAUUUUUCCAUUUAUGCAUUUCCUGUACUGAAAGAACUUAGGCAAGAAGAGUGUCUCUUGUGGAGUGUAGUCUGAUCGCGUCAUGUGUCCCCACCACAGGAUAUAUAUAUUUAUAUAUAUAUAUAUAUAUAAACAAAAAAACAAAAACUGAUGGUGCCAGCUCCUAAUUUGUUUUCGCCAAGUUUAUGUGAAUGAAUCCGUUGCUUUGCUAAUGCAGUCCUUUGGUGUGGCAGCUCUAAGAACAAUGGACAAUGGGAAACUUUUAGUAACUAUCUCCCAGAAAAGCGCCUACUGGUGACCACUGACCAUUGUUGUCUACUGUUAUUGUGUCGUUUUAGAGAUAAGAGUGUAUUCAUUCUCAAUGCAAAUACUAUGGCGCUUUAAAAGUUACAGUUGGUCUUGUCCAAUUGAUUUUGGAUUCUAAUUCAAAGAAUUAAAAAAAAUACGUUUUUUGUUUCUAUAGACCAUGCAUAGAAAAACGUGAUACGUUGCCCUAAAGUAUAGGCCCUACUUAAUUGUAUAUGCAAAUGAUUACAUAUUGAAAUGUAGCAUGGAACUGAUUGUUUAUGCUGUUAUUGAACACAAGACAUUUAGAUGUGUUUUAUUAAAACCGUAUACGUGUCACCUGUGUGCUAUAUAAGUUUAAUAUGUGAAAACAACUACAUUUGCCAUGCAGUGCAUUGGGUUUGUGAAUGUUAAAGGUGAAAUAACAGCGGGCAUGAUUUGCCUUUGCUUAUUUUGGGAAUCGCCGCAUUUAUUACAUGACAACAGUUAAACCAGUGCAUUUUGUGAUGCGGUAGAGGUAUAUGAGUUUUUGUGACAGUCCAACCAAACUGGGUUCUGAAGUAUUCGUCAGUUUUUACCAUGUUGUAUGCCAUUAGAGAUUAUAAUAUAUUCAUGAGCUGCUUUCGAUUCGCCCUGUCUGGCAAGGUGGUUAAAACUGCUGUGAAAUGGUUUUUCGUAUCAUUUCCCUGCCUUUAAUAUAUAUCUUAGAGGUGCGCUGAAAGUACCUCAUUUUUACGCCUAUCCCACACUCUUCCGGUCACACUAAGUAAUUCUCUGCUUAUUUAUACGGUCAUCUUGUAUUUCGCCACACAUUUCAAAGUUUGAAGAAUUCAGGGAAUGAUAAAUAAAGGAGCAUGCACAGAAAUUGCAUUUACCUCACUCUGAAGCACACUGAGACGAAGCAGUUUCUUCUCUCAAAAAAAUGUAUUUUAUAAGAAUCUGUCAGGAAGAAAUGUGCGAUGUGUUCGUUUUUUUUUUUUUUUUUUUUUUUUCAAGAAAGCAUAUGAGAAACCAAAGGUGACAUACAAAAAAAAUGUUGUCUGUGUGAAAACUCUGAAACAUGUAUUGUAUGAUAGUGCUAACUGUCCAUUUUCCAAAAAACAGCGUCAAACGUCAUAUAGGUCCUGUGUGAGGUUUACACCUAAAUUUAAGAAUAAUAAUGCGAAUAAUUUUAUGUCCACCGUAUCUGAAAUUGAUAAUGUAUGCAACCUUUGUGGUUUUAGUUUGAUAUGUUUGUAUAUAUUGUCUCAGAACGUGUAACAUAUUAUGUAAAGGACUUUUACAUCAUUGUUAGUGAAUUCCGUCAUAUCAAAAUGUCCUAACUGACUGCAUGACACAGGUCCCUAAUUCUUACAUGGCUCGCUACUCUAAAAUGCUAGUUAUUGAACGGAAAUAUAUGUUUUAAAUAAAAAAGAAUGGGAAAAAAAA